AGUAUAGACGAGAAGAGCUGGUGCAAAUAGUAGGUUUUCACAAAGACGGGAUUAAUAAACAAAUUUUCUUUUAAAAUCUGAUCAUUCUAACAUUGUGUGACUAACAUCGUUUCUUCCACGAAAACUUCAGGAACUGGCCAGAACGGGACAAUAUGAUGUCAUACAUGAGAACCCUGCUUGUGUUCGCAGUCCUGUGCGCUCCAACAUCCAGCCUCUGCUUCAGAAUCUACGAGAGUGAAUUGAACUUCCUAUGUAAUAACGACGUUCUCUCUGGAGCCAAAAAGAGCGAGCUGCCCAACGACUCACUGCCAGAUGAGCGGGGCUUCCUCUACCUGCCCGAAGACGACCUCUCUUCUGUGGAAACGCGAGAGAAAAGGACGUUUCCCGCAUCCAGAUACAAGUAUCUCUCCCAGACACAGCUGCGGGGGAAGAUGUACCACAACAGCGCGAAGAGCGAUCGACGGAGCAAGUUCACCCUCUCCCUCGACGUCCCCACCAACAUCAUGAACAUUCUCUUCAACAUUGCCAAAGCCAAGAACCUGCGCGCCAAGGCUGCGGACAACGCACGUUUGAUGGCGCAGAUUGGGAAAAAGUAAAUUCUUCUUCAUAAAAUUGUGCAUAGCAUUUUUAUUAUUCCGUGUUUUAAAUCCACGCUUGCACUUGCCAUUCCUCAACGUCACUUGUUUAAAUUAAGCUUUUACAGACUAAAUUCCAAUGCUUCACAAGUAAGCAAUACCAAACUCACUGCAGUUGGUGCAAGCCCUGUGAUUGCUGUAGCAUGUGAAUGUUUUCAUGUGUCACUUCCUUUAUGAAACACAUCAGCGCUUAAAAUCAAACAAACAAAAUACAUAAAGUAAAAUGAGUGAUGAUUAAAUUAGUCUCUGCUAUUACUCUCCUGCUCAAACGUUCAAAGUUAGAUAUAACCAGGGAAAGAUCUGCACAUACUGUACGUAGGCUGCAAUCAUAUAUAAUAGCAAGCUCAUGUUUUCUCUUCUUUCUGACACAUAAUGUAUAUUCGGAUGGAGAUUUUUCUGUUCUCACGUUUGCCUCACCAUCACCGUGGAUUAUUGACAUCAAUUCCUUAUUCCACAGACACAAUUAGCUAUUUUUACAUGCAAAAUGUAAAAUGCACUGUAGAGUGAACAUAAAAGCAACACGUUGCUACUUUAUGUUUAGUGUCCAGCGAGCAAGGACAACUCCCGUUAAUAUCCCGUUCGUAGUGUAUGAAAGAAACACAAUAUCCCUAUAGCCCCACUUCUGGCAGGUUUCUGAAAAUGUGUGGGGACACUAGCAAUUUGCAGAUUAUGUGUGAUCUCUAAGAAAAUAUUUGUAGCUUUACAUGACAAUUUACAGUAGACAUGACGAUUCACUGAUGUAAUUGAACAUGUCAAAUUAUUCAGAAAGGGCUGAACUGAAACCUCAUUGUGUUGUGAAGACCACUUAUUCCCCAGUAUCUAUAUGAUAUAGUAUAUUUUGCUUUUGAUAUGAAAUUUGAGUUUUGCUUUUGUUUGUGCUAAAUUAUAUAAAAUCUUAACAGGACAGCGCACUCGUAGACUAUUCUAACAUCCUAGCACAUCGAAGCUAAAGAAACUGAAACAGUUUCGCUAACAAUCUCAAAUCAUAUCAAACUAGCCUCCAGGUCGGCUGCUUUACUCUUACCACAGAUCACAACAAAAAUCCCGGUCAUAAUAAUUUAUAAUGACUUUUUCUGACCGCGUAUCAGUGCAAUAUACCAAGUCAUGGAACUUCCUCUAAAACUAUCCGCAGGGAUUUUGCAGUAGCUAAUAGCCUAUAGAGAUAUCCGCCGCAUGGACAAUUAAAGAAAAGCAGAAGAUUAUUCCCAAAUACUGAUCAUACAAAUAUGGUGUCAUAUUUUCUCUGCUAUUCGCCUGAAGAUAUUAUCUUUGCCUGACAGUUAUUUUUGCAACGAAUUGUGACUAGCUUAUAUACAGUAUUUGAGUUUGUUUUCAGUUUUUCUAUUCAGUAUUUAUAUGCACUCUUUGUUUAUUUAUCAAAAUGGGCCAAGCAUGUGACUAUAAUUCUUCCAAUACCUGAAAUUUAAACGGAAUGACUUCACAAAUAUUGUAUGGAACCCUCAUAUUGGAAACACACUCUUAUUUUGUAUAUGAUGUUCUAAAUGAGCUUUUGUAUGGUCCCAUGUAUUGAAAAGAAAUAUGUAUUCAGAUGAAUAAAACAGGGUACAUUUUUGAGUUCCCAUGAUACUAAAGGAUUAAGGAUACUCUGCUUGUGAGCCGUAUAGCCUGAAUCUUUCAUAAAUAUCCAUAACCAUGAUCUCCAUUAACAAUGUAUGCAGGCCUACUGCAGGACAUGCUGCGGAGUGUAAAAGUAUUGCCAACAAGAAUUGAUGGCAAAACAAUCCCAUACUAUCAAAGAUGUCAUAACACAAUAGAACAUCACUCAGUGGCAAUAUCUUUGUGGAAAAUCAUUAUUACUCCUGUUAAACAAAACUUUAAACAAUGAUAUUAGUAUCAAAGAAUAUAGCUCUCAUUUUUGAGUCUAGAAUAUAGCUCAUUCAAUGUGUUGUUAAUUUAAUACAGGUUUUUGUUCAUUGUCAUAAAGGUUGCCAGUAUUCUGGACUUGACUGUAUAGCUAUUUUCUAGGGGUUGGUAUCCAAAUCUAAUAGUGAACUGGGAAUAUAUGCAUUGAAAGCCUUGAGCUGACAUUGUAACGUAUGAGUUAAUUGCAGACUUUGUAGAUAUCAACUUUGCUCUGUGUCUCUGUGGAAGAAAUCAGUAUUGCAUAUAUCAAAUACAUGCUACUGUGGUUAUCUCAAUACAUAUACUGCAAAAAUAUUUUUAUAUUCAAAGUCAUUAUUUUUUCUGUAAUAAAUGAAAGCAGAUGGAC